AUGGCACUCACAUGGGAAUGGGCGGCAAAUGUCCGAUGCUCCCACUUUGGUCCCCGGAUUGAUAGUUUUGACGGCAGCAUGGCCUUGGCGUGCCCAUAUCAGACCUCUGGCACAAGUCCGUCAAGUCCGGUCUUUGGAUCAGCGCGUGUUCCAGACGUGCUCCGGGUGACAUCGGGCUGGGCAGUAGCCCCUUUCUUUCUAGAGCGACUGUACUUGCCGGGAUCGGGAUUGGAGUUUUCGGGGCGACGCGGCCCGGAUACUCCGCUAGGAGCCCGAUUGCUGACGGAAGGUCAGCGAGUUGAACAAGUAGUCGCGAGUGACGGAAAAUCACCUGAGAAUAUCUUCAUGUUUGCCACAUGCAAGAGAACUCCGAUCCCAGCUAGUUGGACCGGCACAGGCCUUUGGGCCGCUGCUGUGCUCCCGCUCCUUCUGUGCGUGUCGCCGCUUCUUCAUUCUUCUACAACAAACAUCAAUGUCGUCAUCGCACCCAACACCCAAAAUCUGCCUCGGGAUGCUGCUGCCAUCUCGAUUGAGCGCCGUGACACUGCCGCCAUUCCCGACGCUCGUCGUGGCCUUGCCCACACCAACCCCCUCAAGCUCACCCCUCACGAGCCUCUUCUUUGCGAGGAACCUGUCGAAGGGUCAUCUCCCGACCUGUCAAGACGUUCUGAAGGCUUGUCAAAGCGGCGAGACGGGCCGUUGUACUGCCAUGACGGCCCCUGCAUUGACAACACUGCUGCGGCCCCGACAAUGUCUGCGGCUUUGGCCCUGAUUUCUGCGGGGAGGGCCGUCGUUCCAAUUGCAACGCGGGGGCCAUGUGCGGCGAGCCCAGCGAGUUUGCUGAGAUGCCUUGCGGAAUGA